UACACACACAGUAUAUAACACGGGAUCAGUAAGGGAAGGCGUGAGCAAAACCUUACAGCCAGGCUACUGGACACUCUCCUCUUGUUUCUUCUUUGAGGUGUGAAGUCUGUGAACAUAAUGUCUGACACAGAGGAUGUCGGGCUUGAGGAGGUCGAAGAGGAAGAAGAGGUAGUAGAUGUAGAGAUAGCCCCAGAGGCUGAGCCAGAGGCAGAGCCUGAGGAGGAACCUGAGCCAGAACCAGUGGUGCAUGAGGAAGAGACCUAUGAAGAGGAAGAGGAAAAGCCAAAGUUCAGACCCAGUGCACCAAAAAUCCCAGAAGGAGACAAAGUGGACUUUGAUGACAUCCAGAAAAAGCGACAGAAUAAGGAUCUCAUCGAGCUGCAGGCACUAAUUGAUGCCCAUUUUGAAUGCAGGAAAAAGGAGGAGGAGGAACUUAUUGCUCUGAAGGAUAGAAUUGAAAAACGUAGGGCUGAGAGAGCAGAGCAGCAGAGGUUCCGUACCGAAAAGGACAAAGAGCGUCAAGCAAGACGUGAGGAGGAAAGACUGAGGAAAGAGGAGGCAGAUGUAAAGAAAAAGGCAGAGGAGGAUGCAAAGAAGAAAUCUGUUCUGACAAGCAUGGGUUCCAACUAUAGCAGCUAUCUGCAGAAGGCUGACCAAAAGAAGGGAAAGAAACAGACAGAGAGAGAGAAAAAAAAAAAGAUCUUGGCUGACAGACGCAAGCCUCUGAACAUUGAUCACCUGAAUGAAGACAAGCUGAGGGAUAAAGCCAAGGAGCUGUGGGACUGGAUGUACAAUCUUGAGUCUGAAAAAUUUGACCACAUUGAGAAGAUAAAGAGGCAAAAGUACGAGGUAAUCUCACUUCGCAACCGUAUUGAUGAGCUGCAAAAGCACUCCAAGAAGGGUGCUGCUGCUCGUCGCCGAAAGUAAACUGUUGAUGGAGAACACUGUACCAUUUGAAGCAAUGGCCUGAUUUCUCAGAUUGCUCAAACUGAUUUUUUGAAGCACCUGCCUCGUCUCCCGACCGCCACCAGAGGGAACCUUCGCCCGAGUUCUAGCAGCUUCCACACUACAGCUCCCACAAACCCCCGCUCCUGUCAUGAUUACAGCACUACCUGCGUUCAAUCACCUGCUUCCUAUAAAGUAUGAACUUGAACUCCCUUCCACUGCGAAUUCUUGAUUUGCCUCUGCUAUCGGUCUGAGCGUUUAUUCCUGGUUUUUGACUCUGUUUUGAUUUUGCUCUGUUCUAUGAUUGUCUGCCACCUGCCCCGAACUCGUGCCUGUAUUACUGUUUCUGAUUUUUGCCUCACCUUUGACAUUGUGUUUGCUGAUUCUGACCUAAGCCUGUUGUACCUCGAGCUUGCAUUAAAAAGUGUGCAAAUGGA